UGAUAACGAUGCUUUUUUCAAAAGUGUUUUUUGUCCUUGCUGCGUUGGCAUGUGUGUCUGCAGAUAGAGAAACUUGUGUUGUACCGGCCGGGGGCUCCAACGCCACCGAUGAUGCCCCUGCGAUUGUACACGCCUUUAAGAAAUGUGGACGUGGGGGAAAGGUAGUAUUCAAGCCAACGACAUACCAUAUCGGUUCUGUUAUGAACAUUACGUGGCUGGAGGAUGUCGACAUUGACCUUGGAGGAACACUGCUGUGGAGUACGAAUAUUCAAUACUGGUUAAAUCACUCUUUACCGGUCGGGUAUCAGAACCAAUCCACUGCUUUCAUUCUUGGAGGAAAUAAUGUUCGGAUCGAUGGCCAUGGUAUAGGGACGCUCGAUGGCAACGGAGACACCUGGUAUCAAUGGAUAAAAGAGCAACCCAAUACGUCCAACUAUCCCGGUCGACCACACGCCAUCACUUUCAAUGGUCUCUCAAAUUCAGUGGUCCGAGGCCUUAGAUUCCUACGCAGCCAGAUGUGGACAAUGUCUAUCAUAUAUAGCCAUCACGUUGAACUCGACAACAUACUUGUGAACAACACCGGAAAUAUUGUCUCGAGCUCGAACACGGAUGGAGCAGAUACCAUUCGAUCCUCCCACAUCAAGUUCAACAACUGGACUGUGUACAAUGGUGAUGAUAGUAUCUCACUUAAGGCAAACAGCACGGACAUCACCAUCACAAACUCCACUUUCUACAAUGGAUUGGGAAUUGCAUUGGGUAGCAUCGGUCAGUACAAAGACCAGUUCGAAACCAUCGAGAGGCUCAACGUGAGCAAUAUCAACUAUCACAACACCCUUCAUGCGGUGUACGUUAAAACAUGGACAGCUGAUCAGAACGGCUAUCCACCUAAUGGUGGCGGAGGCGGCCUCGGGUAUAUCUCCAAUAUGACGCUCAAAGACCUCAAAGCCACAUCUCUUCGUGGGGCUGCGGUUGCGAUCUCGCAGUGUACUCGAUUCAGCGGCGCCCCUGGGGAAGGCAACUGCACCAACUCGGAGUUCCAGAUUCGUGAUAUCUCGGUUCUCAAUCUGAGUGGUACCACAGAAUCUACUCGAGUCGCAAGUUUCCAGUGCAGUGCCGUUGCACCAUGUACUGAUAUUACGCUCUCUGGCAUCAAUCUGGAACUGACAAACGGAACGGCAGCAUCAGAAUAUCUAUGUGGAAAUGUGGAAGAUCCGAAAGGCUUUAAAUGCACAGGUCCAGUGUGUGAAGGAGGAAGUGCAACAGGAGAGUGUUGAAACUGCAUGACGUUACAGUAGGAGGCAGACGUGUAGCCAGGUCUAAG